GGUCAACACCACACUCACAGCCAUGACAGCACCCUCCGCACAGCCCGGCACAAUCAUCACCCAGCCCCCGCCCCCCGCGGCUAAUCGCGAGAGCCGCAUUGCGGCACACUCCCACAUUAAGGGAUUGGGUCUCGCGGAUGACGGAACGGCGAUGGAGAGCUCGCAGGGGUUCGUGGGUCAGCGGAACGCACGCGAGGCACUCGGUCUGCAUCUUGCGCUUCUGCGGCAAGGACGGCACUCGGGACGGCCACUGCUGCUUGUCGGGCCACCGGGGACUGGCAAGACCGCCCUUGCCGUGGCAUUGUCACAAGAACUCGGGUCGAAGGUCCCCUUCUGUGCGGUUGUUGGCUCCGAGGUGUUUUCGGGCGAGGUGAAGAAGACUGAGGUGCUGGGCAGCUGCUUCAGGCGAGCAAUCGGCCUCCGUAUCAAGGAGACCAAGGAGGUCUACGAGGGCGAGGUCACAGAGCUGACCCCGUCCGAGGCCGAAAACCCUCUGAGCGGCUACGGCAAAACUAUCUCGCACGUGAUUGUCGGCCUCAAGACCGUGAAGGGUACUAAGCAGUUGCGCCUCGACCCGAGCGUAUACGAGGCGAUUCAGAAGGAGCGCGUGGUGGUCGGCGACGUCAUCUACAUCGAGGCAAACACAGGAGCUGUCAAGCGCGUCGGCCGCUCGGAUGCGUACGCCACCGAGUACGACCUCGAGGCGGAAGAGUAUGUGCCUCUGCCAAAGGGCGACGUGCACAAGCGCAAGGAGCUCGUGCAGGAUGUGACACUUCACGACCUCGAUAUGGCGAACGCGCGUCCUCAAGGCGGGCAGGACAUCAUGAGUGUAAUGGGCCAGCUCGUUAAGGGUGGUCGCACGGAGGUGACGGACAAGUUGCGUCGGGAGAUCAACAAGGUUGUCGACAAGUACAUCGAACAGGGCGUCGCCGAGCUUGUCCCCGGCGUGCUUUUCAUCGAUGAGGUACACAUGCUCGACAUGGAGUGCUUCACGUACCUCAACCGUGCGCUUGAGUCGCCUCUCUCUCCAUACGUCGUCUUUGCGAGCAACCGCGGCAUCUGCACGAUUCGCGGCACUGAGUUCGAUGGUAGCUUUAGCGCUGGCAUCCGCUCGCCUCACGGUAUCCCCGUUGACCUCCUCGAUCGCUGCAUGAUUGUCAAGACCGAGCCUUACAGCCGUGAUGAGGUGCGCAGUGUCGUAGACACGCGCACGCGCGUUGAGGGUAUUGCUGUGACGCCUGAGGCGCUCGACCGCUUGGCCGACGAGGGCGAGAAGAGCUCACUCCGCUACGCUCUCCAGCUCCUCACACCCGCCAGCAUCCUCGCCAAGACUGCAGGUCGCACCGAUGUUGGCGUUUCUGACAUCGAUGAGCUCGGCUCGUUGUUCCUCGACACGAAGCGGAGUACAAACGUGCUGAAGGACCUGGACGCGAACACCAAGGUGUACUAGAGUGAAGGCGAGAGUCAUUUGGCGGGAAAGAGCGGUGUGCGAGGCAGAUGGCCUGCCGCCUUGACAGACGGCAUAUCGUUUACCGCACAUGUAUAGGAUCCAUGAAUUACUAACACCCUCUGUCCGCCGCGCCCAAGCAAUGUCCAUGUCGUCUCGUUCCAACUCCUCAGCCGAAAUGCAAGAACAGCGACAUUGCUUGGGCGCGUGGCGCGCUCACAUGAUAAACGGGUUGGGGGAGCACAGCGUACGCCAAGGGUAUUCGGAA